AUGGCAUAUUGCCUUCGUGUUCGGCGUGAUAAUAAGCGUAGCGGCUCAUUAAGCGCCGAGGAAGUCAAAGAAUCGGAGAUUCGAGUGCUAAAGGCGUUACAGACUGCUGCAUUUCCCGACGAGAUCGAAGCUCUCAAAAACGACGGCGUAAAUAAAACUAGCAUCGCGGCUUUGAGUCCGUUUCUAGAUCAAAACGAUUUAAUUCGAGUUGGGGGACGCAUUCGGAGAGCGGAGCUAACAUUCUCUCAAAGGCACCCGAUCUUGCUUCCCAAUCGAUGCCGUUUAACCGAUUGUAUAAUUCGUGAGAUCCACAAUAAUAAUUAUCAUACGGGCAUACAAUCUACUCUGCAUAUCCUCCGACAACGAUUUUGGCUUAGCGAUAGUCGUAAUCAGGUUCGGAGAGUCAUUCGCGCGUGUUUGCGUUGUUCACGAUUCAGCGCCAAAUCGGUACAAUAUAAGAUGGGUGACCUUCCGUCGGUUCAGGUACGCCAGACGAUUUCCUUUUCUAGCACUGGUGUCGAUUUUUGCGGUCCGUUUUUUAUUAAAGAGAAAAAACAUCGUAAUCGCGUGCGGAUUAAAGUAUACGUAUGUAUAUUUGUAUGCAUGACAAUUAAGGCAGUCCAUCUGGAGGUCGUCAGCGACUUAUCAUCAGAAGGUUUCAUUGUCGCUUUGCGUCGUUUCAUUGCGAGAAGGGGAUUGCCGGAACACAUAUUUUCCGACAAUGGAACGAAUUUUGUAGGCGCGAACAAGUUGAAAGAACUAUACGUCUUGUUAAAUUCGGACGAACAUAAAAAUGAGGUGAAUAGGUUUGCGAGCGAGCGGCGAAUUACAUGGCACUUUAUCCCACCAAUGGCACCACACUUCGAUGGUUUAUGGGAAUCGAUGGUAAAAUUGUUCAAACACCACUUCAAACGCGUUGUCGGUGAUUCCCUGUUCACCUUCGAGGAAUUAGAUACGUUUACCACCGAAGUCGAGGGUAUCCUGAAUUCCCGACCAAUCACUUCCUUAUCGUCCGACCCAAAUGACAUAUUGGUUUUAACUCCUGCGCAUUAUUUAAUUGGAAAGUCUCUAACAUCCCUUCCGGAGGGCGAUCUAUCACAUGUUCCAGCUAAUCGUUUAUCCAUAUGGAAGCACAUAACAAAGGUGCGACAGGACUUUUGGACACGAUGGCACAUAGAGUACCUGAACGAGCUCCAGAAGCGCGUUAAAUGGGUCAAAGACGGACCAAAAAUCGAAGUCGGAACGAUCGUGACCAUCAAAGAUAAAAACCUACCAUGCCUGCAAUGGGCAUUAGGACGUAUUAUGCGGCUACACCCAGGCGAAGACGGAAUCGCACGAGUGGCCACCGUACAAACAGCUUCCGGAGUAAUAAAAAGAUCUACAUCAUUAUUAUGCCCAUUACCGCUCGAACACUAA